AUCGUAUGGCAGUGGUGUAAAAAUACUUCAAAGUACAAUUUAAGUAGUUUUUAAAAUAUUUAUCUUUACUAAAUAUAUUUUGAACUACUUUUACUUCACUACAUUCCUUAAGAAAAGAUUGUACUUUUUACUUCAUACAUUUUCCUUGACACCCAAAAGUACUUGAUACAUUUUGAAUGCUUAUCAGGACAGGAAAAUACUCAAAUUCUCGCACUUCAACCGAAUAUCCCUGGUCAUGCCUCUGAUCUGGCGGACUCACUAUAUGCCAAAUGCUUUGCCAAAUGGCAGCUGGUUUGCUUAAUAUAAGGAAUUAGAAAUUAUUUAUAUUUUUACAUCUGAUACUUAAGUACAUUUUAAACCCAAUACUUUCAGACUUUUAGUCAAGUAGAUUUUACUGAUUGACUUUUACUUGAGUCAUUUUCUAUUAAGGUAUCUUUACUUUUUUUACUCAAGUAUGACAGUUGGGUACUUUUCCCAUUCACUUCAGUAGGGUGGAGCAUUGACGUAUUGGAACGUGGCCUGGGAGGCGAAGUGUCGUAGCUUGGGAUCCGAAAAUGGUAGAAGGUGUAUGCUAAUGUUUAUGUUGUGUUCUGUAUUACCAGUUUAGCUAGGUUAGCUAACGUAAUCGUUGUAAUGAAAAUGGGACUGUUCGGGAAAACACAAGAUAGACCACCAAAAGACUUGGUAAAUGAAUGGUCACUCAAAAUCAGGAAAGAGAUGAGAGUGAUUGACAGACAAAUUCGAGACAUUCAGAGGGAGGAGGAGAAGGUAAAGAGAUCCAUCAAAGAUGCUGCUAAAAAGGGACACAGGGACGUAUGUGUGGUUCUUGCAAAAGAGAUGGUCCAGUCGAAGCGUGCAGUCAGCAAACUUUAUGCCUCCAAAGCCCAAAUGAACUCUGUACUCCUCAGCAUGAAGAACCAGCUUUCUGUAUUGCGUGUAGCUGGCGCCCUUCAGAAGAGCACAGAGGUCAUGAAAGCCAUGCAGAGCUUAGUGAAGAUCCCAGAGAUCCAGGGCACCAUGAGGGAGCUGUCCAAGGAGAUGAUGAAGGCUGGUAUCAUAGAGGAGAUGCUGGAGGAUACCUUUGAAAGCAUGGAGGAUGAUGAGAUGGAGGAGGCAGCAGAGGCAGAAGUUGAUAGGAUCCUCUUUGAGAUCACAGCAGGCGCCCUUGGCAAAGCACCUAGCAAAGUCACAGACGCCCUACCUGAAAUGGAGCCUCCUGCCGCAGCCUCAGAGGAUGAGUCGGAGGAGGACAUUGAGGAGAUGCAGUCUAGACUGGCAGCCUUAAGGAGCUAAGAUUUAGCUUUGACCGCUUUUAGUCCCAUUAAAGUCUUUUUGCCUGCUCAAGUAUGAACAAAGACAAUUUUGGUCUAGGGUUAAUCUAGUCUCUUCUCAAACAUAUUGUCUCUUUCUUUCACAUUAUUGUUUAUGAUUCGCUUUGGGCUGAGAACUUUUGAAUGCUUAGGGCUAAAUAACAUAUCAGAUCUGUUCUUAUGAAAGUUGGCUUUUAUGACCUUUCAUAUAAUCUGGGUAAACCCAGAAAUCACCCAAAAUGUGGUGACUGUAUACCUACCCAAUUUUGCGAAAAUCUAUAUUAAUCCCAAGAUCGCUGAAAGAAUGCUCAUGCCUAUCUAAAGUGAUGAGUGUGGUCUGAUUAUUUUGGGGAAGCUGAGGCUUCAUCCUGCAAUAGGGUGGAUUAACCACCCACUGGGCGAAAACAGGUUGAAUCAACGUUGUUUCUACAUCUAAUCAAUGAAAUUACGAUGAACCAACAUAGAAUAGACGUCGAGCUGACGUCUGUGCCCAGUGGGCAGAGACUUACUCUGAGCUGGUCACUGACAUAUCUAAUCUGUAAUGGAAAUGUCUUGCUCUACAUUGCGACAUUAAAUGAGUGACUCAUCAAAUUUUAGUGUUCAUGAAACUUUAAUCCAUCGCUACUCUGAUCUAGUUCUGAAAUCUAAAAUGUAAAACAAUAUACACUGAGUAUACCAAACAUUAGCAACACCUUCCUAAUAAGGAGUUACACCCCCCUUUUGCCCUCAGAACAGCCUCAAUUUGUCGGGGCAUGGACUCUACAAGGUGUUGAAAACAUUCCAUGCUUCCCACAGUAGUGUCAAGUUAGCUGGAUGUCCUUUGGUUGCUGGACUAUUCUUGAUUCACACGGGAAACGGUUGAGCAUGAAAAACCUGGCAGCAUUGCAGUUCUUGACACAAACUGGUGCGCCUGGCACCUACUACCAUACCCUGUUCAAAGGCACUUCAAUAUUUUGUCUUUCCCAUUCACCCUCUUAAUGGCGUACAUACACAAUCCAUGUCUCAAUUGUCUUAAGGCUUAAAAAUCCUUAUUUAUCUUGUCUCCUCCCUUAAUCGGCACUGAUUGAAGUAGAUUUAACAAGUGACAUCAAUAAGGAUCAUAGCGUUCACCUAGAUUCACCUUGUCAGUCUCAUGGAAAAGCAGGUGUUCUUAAUGUUUUGUACAAUCAAUGUAUUUAAUUUACUUUCAGCAUUUGAAACACAGGAUCUAAAAAGCAAAGUUAUCUGUACAGUGCAUAUAUCUAUUUUCUUUAUAUAAUGUUUGGAGGGGUAAAAAAAAAGGAAUGCAAAUUCUAACCGAUUUUGGAUGUCGAAAUCGUGCUUUAACUAUUGUUGGCCUCAAAGUCCUUAAAUUUGUUCUGCUUAUUCAGUAAAAAAUCUGAUUGGUUAGUCUCAUUUCAGAUCCUGUGUGUUAUGGGUUGUUUUUUUCUUGUGCAUACUUUUGUUUUUUAUGUGGCCAGGAAAUUAUGGAAAUAAACAUGAAUGAUUUU